AUGCAAUGUAGGAAUGGAAAACAAAGAUCUUCAUCAUCUCAGAAAGCGAUGCAAACACCGUGGGCUGCAUGGUGCAGUACGACGAAGGUCGGGGUCGCCCUCUCAAUUCCACCGCGGUGCCUCAGCCAAUCACUAAAUUAUUUUCCCUCUUUACCGUGUGGGGACUCUGGAAUUACGCGUCAAGAAACACAGACGAAGCCGGUAUGCCACGCCUGUGUCUACAAGCUGGUCGAAUACAUGCAGAUCCUAGAGCUGGGCGAGCUGGCCACCGCGAAAAUCGAGAGGCUUCUCGAAGACCACUUGGUCCCUGGAAUCCCUCGUUGCGUUGGCCAAGCCACUGAGCACUAA